AUGCUGACUGUUCUAGGGUUCCCACCGGCCAUUGUCUUUGCGACUUUGUACGAGGAAACAUGCAAACCGCUGUUAUGCCACCACUCUGCAGAGGGUUCUAUGGGAAUUACUCGUUGUUUUGAGAAUCUGGUCACAAAAAUGACCCCUUUGAGGUCGUCUGCGAUAAUUCGGAGGGACUGCAUGCAGCGAUUCCAUCAGCAAUAUGGGCAAUCGGUCUCUUCAACCGUCUGCCUGGUGUGCUUGUUUCGCCCACCAGAGCACAUGCUGCCAUGUCAGCAUAGUAUCUGCGAGAAUUGUUUGACCAUUUUCGGUAAGCCAAGUCACCAAGCCGAGUACCAUAUCGAGCUAAGUCGGUGCCCGAUUUGCAAUGACGAGUGUGGUAUUGUGUUCCGCCAACUCCCACCGACCAAGCAUCCCAUCAUCCUCAGCCUCGAUGGCGGCGGAGUUCGAGGUAUCAUUCAACCUGGUCUUCUCAUGGUUCUUGAGACUCGUCUAGGGGUUUCCAUUGGGGAAAUAGUCGAUCUUUGUGUUGGAACUAGAGUCGGUAGGUCCAAGUUUCACUGUCUGCACGAGUAA